GUUUUGUGGUUUGAUCUUAUUAUGUUUAGUUUUUGUGGUGGAAUUGAGUUCUUACUUUGUUCUUUGUAUUGUUUUCAAGUGUGUUUGGUUGUUCGGUGAUGGCUUGUCGCGUGGGAGGGAUUCGACUGCAGUCGAGUUUAGUGAUACCGGAGAGUGAUGUCUCUGAAGGUUCUUGUAUAAUGCUUGCAACUUGUAGAAAUCAGAAGAGGAAAAAUGAACCGAGUACCAGUGGAAGAGCUUCAAGGAUUGGUAUGAAGUUUACUUCUUUUUCAAAAAGGAGUUUUCAGACAAGAAGACGUGGUUGGAAAAUAGCAUUCGCCUUGGACACAGGUGGGAUAUCCGGGAAUGGUGGACAAGAGAGCCUUAAUGGCGACACUUCUGGUCUUGGUGGCACUAGAUUGGGUCGGAUAGUGAGUGCUGGUGGCAGACUGCUACUGGAGAAACUCAACAUGGCAAGAAAGAACUUUCCCAUGAAGAUAUUUCUCCUUCUAUUAGGUUUCUACACAGCAAAUGCACUGGCUACAAUCCUUGGUCAGACAGGUGACUGGGAUGUACUAGUUGCUGGUAUUGUGGUUGCUGCCAUUGAGGGCAUCGGUAUGCUUAUGUACAGAAAGCGUCCUUCCUCAUCAACAUCAACUGGGAGGUUGAAGUCUUUUGUCAUUCUUAUGAACUAUUGGAAGGCGGGUGUGAUCUUAGGCCUCUUUGUCGACGCUUUCAAGUUAGGAAGUUAAUUUGCUUAGAUAUUUAUGUAUGUGCAUUAGCCACACUUUCAUUCUAAUAAAAUCCCUGCUGUGUAGCCAAAUUUGAUUGAA